AUGAUAUUACUGCUCAUCUAUCUAACUUUUACUUAAGGAUUCAUUAAUUCUGAUAAUGGUUUGUAUGAUAAAUUUGAUGAUUGGAAUGAUAAUACUUUCUCUUGUUUUAACUCUUUUUCAAAAACAGGCACAAUAUCAUUUUCAGGAUCAUUUGAAACCGUCCCAAAAGUUUUCUUAGUUUUGUAAAAGUUUGAUUUAAAACGUACAACACUUGAAUUCAGAUUAUCAAUCACCAGCAUAACAUUAACAAGUACUAUUUUACUUAUUUUAGAUUUUAACGUUUAAAUAACUUGCCCAUAAAUUGGAUAAGUCUAUGGUAUUCGGUUUUAUUGGUAUGCUAUUGAUGAUCAAAGGAUUUAAAUAAUUAAUUCAUUUAACAUGGAUAAUCCAACCAUUAAAACAUUUGCUCAUUAAAAUGCUAAUGCACUUUACGGUUUUGUAACUCUUACAAGUUUUUCUUAUACAGGGGCAUUUAACUUUUAUAUUUCUGUAUUUUUUUUAUUUUAUUAAGAUAACUUAACUAACUAAAACAAGUGUUACAGUCGAUAUUUCUGAUUUAUCUGCAAAUCUUAAAUAAUUAGGAUAUUAGAUAAUUCUAGGCACAUAAGAAGUAUUUCAAUUAUUUGGACAUUAAUCUCUAAAUAUUCCCUAUAACAGUGAUAGUUAGAAUCUAUAAGGAAAUAAAUGGUUUGUAAAUGUUCCAGAAGGUUUUAAUUAUGCUUAUAACAAUAAUAUAAGAAUUUGGAUGUAAUACACUACUACAGUCCCCACUAUUUCUUACAGUAUUAAUUCAUGUACCAUUAUUUUGAAUUAUUAGGGGGCUAUUUUUUUGUACCAACCUACUAUUAAUCAGUUUGGAUUUCUCAUGUUUUCAAAAACAAAUUUACACCAAUCGAGCUACAAAGCAUGAGAAUAUCACAAAAAUUUGAUUUUUAAAGUUUGAAUAAUCCAACAAUAUUAUUUGAAAUACCACAAUAAAAUGAAAGUUAUGGUUCAAAUGGCAUUUACUAAACAAUUAUUGAUAAAUCCUAUUUGCCUGCAUUAUUAAAUAUUUAUGUAAGAUGCUCAGAUGGUAAGACAAUUAAGAGUACAUUUAACAUAUGUAAUAAUUGUUCAGAAAAAAAAACCAAAUCUUUUACACAUGUAUGUUAUAAGGCUAUAAAUUUAAUAUCAUAUUUUACUAGAUUUAGUUCAGCUACAUAAGCUCAUUAAGAAUUAACAAUCACCAUUUCAGAUUCUGAGAUCAAUAUUGUUCAAGUAGUUUACAAUUAAAUUUAAACCUAAGAAAAUAUAUUAGAUAUUUAAAUAUUAAAUAUUUGA